UGCUAUCUGUAAGGUGGUAGACCUCAUACACGACAAAGGUUUCCGGAUGCUGAUGGAGUCAUGCUUGGUGGAUUUCUCAAAAGAUGAUGUAACUGAGCUGCUGCAGUUAGCCGCAAAAUGCUUGCAGUUUGAUCCUUGUAAGAGACCAAAUCCCAAGUCUCUUGUGAAUGUCCUCAGUCCUCUUCAGAAAGAUACAGAGAUUCCAUCAUUUGUCUUGAUGGAUAUCCCACACCGAAAUGUGGAACCCGGUCAAUUGUCACCUCUGGGCGAGGCUUGCUUGAGAUUGGAUCUUACUGUAAUACAUAAAUUGCUGGAGAUUACCGGAUACAAGGCUGAUGUUGAAGCUGAAAAGGAACCUUCCUUCGAUUUGUGGACACAUUCAAUGAGGGAAGCAUUAAAUUUCAGGAGACAAGGAGAUGCUGCAUUUAGAGCUAAGGACUUUAGCUCAGCAAUAGGUCUUUACACAAAGUUCAUUGACAGUGGUAGCUUGGAAUCGAGAACGGUGUUUGUUAGACGUUGCUUGUGUUACUUGAUGACUGAUAGAGCGGAAGAAGCUCUUAAAGACAGUAUGAAUGCUCUAGUACUACACCAUUUAUGGCCCACUGCCUUCUAUCUUCAAGCUGCUGCCCUAAAUAUCCUAGGGAUGGAUAACGAUGCGGAGGAAAUUCUGAAAGAAGGGGCAUCAUUGGAAGCCAUGAAAAACCAAAGAGAUCAAAGUUUAUACCUCUAAAUUACCCCUCUUAUAUCCUUCAAGAACUUUACUCUAGUUUAAUAUAUG